AUGCCCACACCGCGUGAAAUUAUGAAAGGACUCAACGAAUACGUAAUUGGACAAAAGAACGUGAAGGUAGCCUUGUCAGUUGGGGUCUACAAUCAUUACAAGCAUUGCGAAAUAGACAAAAGCAAUAUUUUAUUGUUGGGACCCUCCGGAAGCGGAAAGACCUUGCUCGUCAAGACACUGGCGCGUUUGAUUGACGUCCCUUUGGUCAUUGCCGAUGCAACUUGUUUGACACAAGCUGGCUACGUCGGUGAAGAUGUGGAAAGUAUCCUGUUCAAAUUAUAUCUUGAAAGCGGACAAGAUGUAGAACGAUGUCAGCGGGGUAUUGUUUACAUCGACGAGGCGGACAAGAUUCGCAAGUCUGGGGGAAAUGUUAGCAUCAGUCGGGACGUUUCGGGAGAAGGAGUUCAGCAUGCGCUGUUGAAGAUUGUAGAAGGCAAUGUUAUCAACGUCCCAAAGGAACCCGGUCGCAAGAAUCCCCGGGGCGACUUUUUGCAGAUCGAUACGACCAAUAUUCUUUUUAUCUGCGGAGGAGCAUUUUCAGGCCUCGAACGCAUUAUCAAUCGUCGUAUGGACGCAGCCUCUAUUGGGUUCGGUGCACAAAUGAAGAAGGCAAUUGACGAUCCCAAGGUUCAAGGACGCUACUUUGACAGCGCCAUCCCCAAAGAUCUAGUAGAGUACGGGAUGAUUCCUGAAUUUGUCGGUCGCUUUCCGGUGAUUGUUGCAACCAAGGGACUCGACAAGAAAAAUCUCAUCGACAUUUUGACCGUCCCAAGGAAUUCGAUUAUGAAACAGUACCGCCGUUUGUUUGCGAUGGAUGAUGUAAAUUUCCACGUCACCAAGGAAGGUCUCGAUGAAAUCGCGGAAACUGCUCUUGGACGUGGUACGGGAGCCCGAGGAUUGCGAUCGAUUACUGAUUCGGUCCUCAUGGAAACACAGUACGUUGUGCCUUCCAUGCCUGAUGUGCACACCGUGUACGUGGAUGCAUCAGCCGUACGAGGGGAACGCAAACCCAUAUUGUUA